AUGGUGAAAAGGCUUGGUCAGUGGCACCCGCAUUCAUUGAGCGACGGCAAUCGCCAAAGACACCUGGACAUCUGCGCUCAGCUGCUCUCCAAAAGCCGCAGAUUCGGCUGGCUGGACACCAUUGUCAUUGGAGAUGAAAAAUGGGUCCUCUACGUCAACCACACUCAUAAACGUGCGUGGUACGCUGGCGCUGAAAUUCCGGAUCCUUUCGUGAAAGGCGAGAUCCACGAGAAGGUCAUGCUGAGCAUCUGGUGGGGAGAUCAUGGAAUCUACCGUUUCGAACUGCUGCCGGUCAACACGACAAUUACUGCCGAGUCUACUGCACUCAACUGCAAAGACUGGCCGACAAGAUCCGCAAGGAGCACCCGAAGCUCGACAGCGUUUUGGAGCUCGGAUGGGAAGUUCACCCACAGUACAGGCCGGACCUGGCCCGAGCGACUACCACCGCGUCCAAGUCGCCGGAUUUCUAAGCCAAAGGAAUCCGUGAUCUUAUGA